UCAGUUAAUAGCGCACCUGCUGAGCUGAGCUGACUGACACGCACAGAUACUCAUGAAGAGGGGUGUCAGUGUGAAAAUGGCGCGCUUUCCACUUUCUGCACUUGUUGCACUAGGAUUGUUCACACUGAUAAACGGCCAGUGUCGUGUGGACUUUCAAAAUGGCACAAUUUCCAACAAUGGUUCAUCAUGCGCUCCAUUCUCAGAGGCAACGCUCAAUAACACUCUCUUCUGCUCCGGGAUACAACUUUCAGAUUCAUCACAGGGAAAUCUCAAAAACCUCAAAGCAUUUACUGAUGCUGCCUUUGAUUUGUAUACAUUGCUGAGAUCUAAACUUGACGUAAGUCAAGUUGUGAAGAACAUCAAUCAAGUCAGGACGAAUGGCUCAAUAGUGGGUUCACUGAGUGAUGUGAAUUUUGCGAGGCUCUGGUUCCAAGUGAAGCUCAAUCCAUACCUGUCUUCACUGUCCAAAGACACGCUCUCCUGUCUGAGUCAAAGCAGCCUCACCUGCCAGAGCUUCCAAGCGCUAGUGAAGGAUCUAAGCUCGCAGAUUGGUCCUGAAAGACAAAGGAUGGUGUAUCAGAACUUCGUGAAACCUUUUCUGGCAAGAAAUACAUCUGACGCUGGCUGCGUGAACAGUACAAACACCACUGAGGAAUGGCUUCCGCUGAACUUUCAAACAUUCUCUGCUAGCGCAAGUCUGGGAGAUUUCUCAGCUCUGAACCCAAAGUUUGAUGGGCUGCUUGUCCUAGAUCAGCUCACCCCAGAGCAGAAAGCUGAGCUGAUGUUUCAGCUAGAGGCAUCUGCUAAGCUAAAUAUCGAUGCCAUCACUAAGAUCUUCGGGAACCUCUUGAAGCCGCUUUUUAACACGACACUUAAUGUGACUAGUGCCAGCUCAAAUGGACCUGAUAAGAAUCUCAGUGAUUUCCUGGUUUCUUUGAGACCAUUUGGAAGAUUCAUCAGAUCAUGUGUGAACAUUGCUCAGACGACAAGUGUCAGCAGCAUCAGAAACGAAACGAUACUGCUUCUGGUGAACUGGACUAUGAAUUAUGACAGCCAAAUCUCAAAUAAUUUCAGCAUCAGCAACUUCAGUGAUUGGUCCCAAUUUGUGGUUGCUCCUGUGAUGAAGAAAUUUCUGCAAAUUAACCAGAGUUUACCAAAUAAUUUCACAGCAAUAACCAACUUUUUAUUUGCUGCAGAACCUCAAAUCACAGAGCCUGUCGACAACUGUAAAUUCACCAGCAGUAACAGUUUCUGUCAAACAUCACAGACUGAAGAGAAUCUGGCGAAAUCGAUUAAUUGUGUCGCUCAAUCAAAUCUGAUCUUCACUGAGGAAAACCAAAAGCUUCUGAUUACUGAGCUCUCCAGGACACUGCAGACACUGACGUCCAAAUUGAUGACAAACUCCUCUCAAAACAUCACAGCCUUGUUUGCAGAACUGCCAGCAGAAAGCUUCACAUCUGGAAAUCUUGAUGAUGUGGAUUUCAUGAGAUUCUGGUUCCAAAUUAAGAUGAAGCCCCUUCUACCUCAAAUUCCACGUGAAUUCCUGUCUUGCUUCAACACACGUGGCUUCAGCUGCCAGGCCUACAGGGCACUUUAUGUGGAACUAAAUAAUAAUUCUGGACUGAUGGAUAGUGCAACACAGAUGUCUGUCCUCAAGGACUUCAUUUUUCCAUUCCUGUCGAAACGUCAAAGCACAGGUGUCGACUGCACAUUGCCAUUUACCAACAGUGUGGACUUCAUCCUGCAAAACUUUGGCAGUUUCUCUCCGUUGGUUCAACUUCAGGACUUUUCCAAUUUCAGCCGCAAUUUUUCAGCUGUGGAUGCUCUUCCUGUUCUCACAAUGGGCCAACUGGUGGAACUGGUGUUCAAUCCUCCUGCUAAACCAGAAGACAGAAGAGACAUCCUCACAAGAGUCUUUGACUUCCUUCUUCAAGCCCCCAACAGAGACAAACUUAACAACUUCCUCCCGUCUCUUCAGACACAGGCCAGAAAGGCCAACUUCAGUUGUGAUAACUACAAAGUCAUCUUUGAGAGGAUUGAUCAGGCAUUAUCAUCAAUCGCUCCUAACCAGUCUGAAGCCCUGCUGACGAUCAGAGACUCAGUGAUGAUGAUUCCUCCUGAUAAUUGCAUCGAGAAAGCGAGCACUUGCAUAACAACUCCUGUAGAUGAGGCGGCUCUCUGUGCAGGUGUCGACAGCGCUGCUUUGAAUCAAAUCUUGAACAGAACGCCUCAAAAUGCAACAGGACUUUGUAACUUCACUGUGUUGCAGUUUGCCUGUCAACCAGUGCUGUCGCAGUUAAGCUCUCAACAAGUGGCUGACCUUUUGGCUUGCAAACUGUCCAGCAAUGUGACAAAAGACACCUGGAAGCUUUUCUUCACCAAAAUAGGCACAAAUCUUGAUGAUGCACUGCUGAAAAUUUUCAACAACACUCCCAGUGCCAGCAAUGCGUCUUUGUCCAAUGUGCUGGAUGUGAUUGCUGAUGUCCGGAUCAAUCGCCUUAGUCCUCAGAGACUGAGAGAUCCUGCCUUUAUUCAGUCAUGGUUCCAGGGGCGACUAAAUCCCUUCUUACCAUCACUAUCUCAAAGUCUCCUGUCCUGCCUCAGCACUAAAAACCUCACCUGUGAAACAUACCGCACUAUCACUACGACGUUUGUGAAUGCACCUCUACGAGAUGGACAAGACAUUUGCAAUCCACUGCAACCCACUCAAAGACAGGAUCUGAUCUACACAAACUUCAUGAAAGCCUUCCUCUCUCGCAGUGACAUUAAUGAUCUCGGCUGCCUUAAUAACACAGCCAACAGUACGCAGUGGGUCAACAGAAACUUUGGGCCAUUCGUUCAGUCAGCUACCCUAAAGGACCUUGAGGCACUGAACAGAAACUUCAGUGCGAUGGAGGUUCUACCUCAACUGAGUCUAAGACAACUAUUUGAGCUUUCUGUCAGUACUCGGGUAGUAAAUGAUCCACAAAGCAUCAUCAGUGUCAUGCAGCAAGUGAAGGAUUGCCAGCUUCCUGUUUUCUUUGACCUCUUUUCCCCGAAUGUGCAGAACAUCUCUCUCACCCAAGAUGUAAAAGCAGCACUGAUUAAACAGAUAUUUGAAAGAGCCAACCUGUCUAAUCUAAACAUCACAAAUCAGGAAGUUGACGUUUGGAUCCAGAAGAGAUUAAAUCCUCUGUUAACCAACCUUUCAGAAAGCCUUGUGUCUCCAUUUUUCACCAUCCUCAACAAAAGGGACUGCAAUAUCACUCAAUCCACACUGGGGCUCUUAGAUGCUGUUCGACCUUCAUUACCCAAUAACACAAAAAAUGCAAUCUACAAUAGCAUUCUUCAAUCCUUCAUAGGGCCACAGCCUCUGAGGUGCUACAGAAACAACAGCUUUAUCAAGUUCUUAAACGAAAGCCUGUAUGGCUUCGGGCCGCUUCCAAAUCUGAACAUCUUCCUCUCUCUGAUACCACCAACACGGAGAUCUGAGCUUGUAAACUCCAUAGCUCCUUCUGAGCUGGGAAGCUACUUGAGACAGCCGGAAGUGGUGAACAACGGUUCCCAAAUCUGUGUGAUCUUUAACAACUUUACCAGAACGCCUGAGUUCUUGGAUACGGAAGAGGUUCCAGAUGAUGUUAAAAGCACCAUCCUUCCCUGUGUCUGGCCUCUGGCGUUGACAAGUGACAAUGAGACAGAGAUUGAUCUGUGGUUUAACCGUAGACUGAAGCUGUACUUGAAGUUCCUGAACAAAGAUACAAUUAGAUCAAAAGACACACUGAGCGCAUCAUGCCAAUCAUACAAGAAAAUGGUCAGUGUCUUAGGCAGCAAUUUCACCUUUAAUGGUUCUCAGAUUACCACUGAGGAUGUGUACGCCACCAUCAAGACAUAUCUGACAGCAGACACUCAAGCAAAAUGCUACAACUCCUCUGAUGCAAGAUUGAAUUCAACUGCAUGGUUUGUCAACCAUAUUGGUGUAUUCAUAACUUUAUUGACUCUGGACGAUCUCUACUCUUUCGGCCCCGAGAGCACGAUGAAACUCUUCGCUGUGAACCCUGAAAACAUAAAGUUGUUCAAUCAAAAGGCACUUCCAAAGAACGUCACCAGCCGCUACACUGAACUCAUCUUUCUACAAAACAGCAACUUUAAUCUUUUUGACUUGCCCUCGUUUUUGCAGUGCGAUGCCCCAGUAUCGACAUUCACUAAACUAAAUGAAAAUCAAACUAAUGUCAUUCUUGGAAACUUCAAGACAUCUUGCUCCAAUGUGGAUCCUGCGAUAUCUGCUGCCCUUACGGGAAACAUCAAGACCAUAGAUGCUAGUACUAUUACCAGCUUGGGAAGCCAAAUUGUUGGCAUAACAGCUACACAAAUAAACUUAGCACCUCCGUCGGUUCUCAUCAGUAGUCUCUCAACGCUGGGCAAUACGUCUGGAUGGUCCCUCGGACAAGCCAAGGCAAUCAUAGGAGUGCUUCUCAUUGGAGAUUUCAAGAUCAACACUCCCAGCAGUUUGCUGAGUCUUGGAUCCCUGAUUGGAGGGAUUCCUUCAACAGUCCUGACAAUCCUUAGUCCGACAGUAAUUCUUGAAACAUCUAAAAACACAGAAUUUGUAAAAAACAUACUGGCUGCCCCAGAGAUUGUUCAAAUGACCUUUGUGAGCCAGCUUAUCAAAGUGGGAUCAACAGCAUCUGUCUUAAUGGCAAACAUUCCCAGUGACUUGGCCAUUCAAAUUCCAAGAAAGUUCCUGGAGAUUACCACCGAUGUAAACAAAACAGUUCUGAUAGAGUUUAACAAAAAAAAGUGGAAACCUGAGCAGGCGGUUCUUUUCUUUGAUUCUGUGGCAGAUGCUUUUGAACAGCCUGAUGACCUGUCAGUGGAAGUUUUGCAAGGAUUUACUUGCUCACGAGUGCAGUCAAUGAACCAAACCAAAGUCAAAGGCCUGAUCAGAGCCUGCCGAGGCAGACCAAGCAGAUCUAAGGUGAUAUUGAGCGAGACUCAGCUGACUUGCAUGUAUAACAUUAUUAGAAAGGAAUCGGUUAUCGAUUUUGAAAACUAUCAUCCAGAUAUGUUGCUGUACCUCAAUUAUGAAACACUCAACAAAACCUUCUGCAAGGCAUAUUUUACUCAAGUCGGCGCUGCAGAUCUCUCAGUCUUUUCAAGCACACUGAGUGGAAGAAGGGACAUUUUGUUGAAUAACGCUAUAGAUUGCUUGGGCAUUAAUGGAACAAGCAUCAAGAAAGAGGAUCUGACAGUGCUGGGCAACUUGGUAUGUGCUGUGAGCAGUGAUGUCAUCAAAAACUCAGACCCAGAAAUCCUUGAGAACUUGAAGAACUGCAAAGAUCUCUCAGAUUCGCAAAUAUCAGCCAUGCAAGAGCUUCUUAUGAAGGGAACGUCAAAAUAUGGACCAACAAGCAAUUGGAAUCAGAAAACACUUAAUGAUCUGGGAAUUAUGCCUUUGUACUUCUCACAAAGCUUUUGGCAGUCAUUCAGAGAGAGUGAUUUAGCCAAGUUCUUCAAAACCUUCUUUAAAUUUGUGCGUGGACAAAACACACCAAAGCCACAACUGAAAAGGCUGUUUAGAGCAAUCAUUGUAACCUCAUUCAGAGCCAAGAGGGCAGCUGAAUGUACUAAGGGCAGCAUCACUAGUCUUACCAUCAGGGAUGAUGCCUUCCCCUUUGGAUAUGAUGAGGUGCAGUUCGGCCUGUGUCUGAGUUCAACCGUGGUGAAGGAUAACCUCGCUAGCCUGUGUGAAAAAAUUGAGGACAGCGCCUUUCAGAGAAUCAUUUUGGACAAACUCAAAGAGAUACAGCCAAAUGGCCUUUCAGAAGAUCAGGUCCAGGUGCUGAAGUCCGUGUCCAGGAACGCAUCAGUGGAUGAAAUAAGUAAAUGGAACAUCACUAAACUUGACACACUGGCAGCGCUCAUGAAUCCCAAUGAUGGCGAAUGGUCCUCUGCACAGAGCAAUCUAAUCAUUGCCAAAUACCUAAACGCCAACAACAAUCUGACCGCCACUGAGCUGAAUGUAGUGAAAGGACCAAAUCUCUGCUCUCUGAAUAGCAGCGUGUUGUCAACAAUAUUGCCUGAAAAUAUGCAGGAGUCCGAAGCCUUGAAUGUGUCAAAAUGUUCAUCCGAGAACAAGAAGGCACUCUUCACCAUCGCUAACAAAGCAUUUCCCAUUUCCAAAGCAGCCAGUCAACGCAUCCUGUCAGCUUUCCAGCUCAUUGAAACCUAUCUCGGAGGUGCAGAUCUAAGCUACAUUAGGAGUCUGUCAUCAUACGGUGUCAGCAUGAGCCUGUCCACUUUUAUAACUCUGGAUCCAAGCGUGAUCUCGAGCCUCAGCAUAGCAGAAGUAGUGGGUCUUCUUGGUAACAAUUUGCAGGAUCUAAAAACAUUUGAAAACCAAACAGUCGUGCGAAGCUGGAUCUCACUGCAGUUACAGUCAGAGCUGAAUAAACUCAAUCUCACUCUGACUGGAGGAAGAGCAGAAGACACAACAACUACUGCAACGACUACCACCACUACCACUGUAACAACUAAGGCUACCACUGCCAAAACUACCGCAGGCACUCCAGGAAUUGGACCCAGUGGAUUGACAGUUUCCUUCAGCAUUUUAAUACUUUAUCUAUUUACCAUUAUCAAAGUGGAGAUUAUGUAGCAGCACCGACCCCAAAUUAGCCACACUGUAAUCAUCUUACCAAGAUGAUAUAUCUGUGAGACUCUGUAGAUGAAGGAAUACAGAAUAUUAUAGUCUACUUAAUCUGUUUAUAAUCACAUAUUUUCUUUGUCAUCCUAUUAUUCACUGAUUCAUAAUAUUCCUAAGUGUACAUGACAAAUUGUCAAAAAAGGAAUGUUCCACUAAUAGUCAAAACAAAGGAUCUGUAGCAUUUUGAUUGAAAUACUUGUUCAAUACUGUCUCAAACUAUAAAACUUCUAUCUUUAAGUGUUUCAGACAUUUAGAAUCAUUAUAUGAAUUCCUUGUGCUUUUCUUGAAUAUGACAUAAAAAUGCAAUUUGUUCUAUGACUGGUACCUUUUUAUUUGUGAUCAUAACAAAUAAUGUAAAAUGUAGUCAUACAGAAUUUAAUAAAAGGUACUCUAUGAGGAACAAAACA